AUGAAGCGGCAGCAGGCAACCAUCUCUCGCUUCUUCGCGCGCAAGCCGUCCCCAGCGCAACCAACCCCGCUUCCCACCUCCCCCUCCCACACCCCGUCCCCAUCACAGCCGCCAGUCGCCGUCCGCGUCACCACUCCGUCCUCCCUCCUCCGCCCGCCGCGCGCCUCCCCCGCCGCCGGCGGCGGCGGUUUCGGUAGUAGCCGUGGUGGUGGCGGUGUCAAUAGCGGAUUGGUGAAGGAGAUCGGAUCGGCGGAAGCGGAAACUGAGAAUGGGGGAGCCGCGGGGCCUCGUGGGGAGGAUCGGGGGUGGCGGAGAACAGGAAGCGGGGAAGAACCGGGGGGGAGUGGGGGCGGAAAGGAAGGUGUGGCGGAGGGGAAGGCGGAGGGGAAGGGGGAUGAGCUAGAAGCGGAGGGGGAAGGCGGAGGAGUUGUGUUCAAGCGUAAGCGGGCGGGGGGAAGGCGGGCAGCGCGGAGAUUAGUGGCGGAUGGAGGGGCGGAUGAGGGGGAUGGGGGAGAAGAAGAAGAAAUGGGGGCACCGAUGGGGGAGGACGAGUGGGGGGAAGGAGAGAGGCGGAGAAAGAGGGGAAGGGGGGAAAUUGAAGGGGAGGAUGAGGUGGGGGCAGGGGCAGGGGGAGGGACAUGGGAGGAUGUAACUGAAAAGGGGAGAACGGAAUUGGCGGAAGGAGAAAGGGGCAAGACCCUUGUAGCAGCACCUGCUGCCCAUGCUGCUGCUGCUGCUGCUGCUCCCACAGCCACCUCUGCCGCCCCACUCUCGGCAAUUCGAGCCAGCUUUCUCAAAAGGCUUGACUCCCAUCCUUCCGAGAGAGUUGUUUCUCAUCCUUCCGCUCCACACCCCGCACCCACUACCACCACCAAAGAGGGUAGCGAUUUCAUCCCCGGUAUAAGCCUGCCCCUUCCAGGCACAAAGCUCACCCCGUUAGAAGAGCAGGUCGUGGCGCUGAAACGCCUCCACCCGGACGUUUUGCUAUUGGUCGAGGUCGGCUACAAGUUCCGGUUUUUCGGGGCCGAUGCUGACGUGGCGGCGCGGGUUCUCGGCAUCUACUGCCACGUGGACAGGGCUUUCCUGACGGCGUCGAUCCCCACGUUCCGCCUGCACGUGCACGUGAGGCGGCUCGUGGAGGCGGGCUUUAAGGUGGGCGUGGUGCGGCAGAGCGAGACGGCGGCCAUUAAAGCCCACGGGAGCAACAAGGCCGGCCCGUUCGGGCGGCAUCUGUCGGCUUUAUACACGCGGGCAACGUUGGAAGCGGGGGAGGAUCUGGGAGGGGAAGGAGGGGAGGGAGGGGAAGGGGGAGUGGGUGAAGGGGCCGGGAAUGGGGGAGGGGGAGGGGGGAUGGGGGGACGGCUGAGUAGUUACCUGGUGUGUAUAGCAGAGGAGAGUGUUGGGGAGGGAGGGAAGGGGAAGAGGGAAGGAGGGAAGGGAGAUGCUGGUGGUAGCACUGCUGCUGCUGCUUCCUCUCCCGGCUUCUCCCCAUCAACCACGGAUCUGGACUCGUCUCAAGGCUGGGAAACAGGCUCGGCAGCAGGCAUGGGAGCAGGCUCGGGAGCAGGCUCGAGAGCAGGUUCGGAGGGCGAUGUGCGGAUAGGGCUGGUGGCGGUGGAGACGUCAACAGGGGACGUGGCACAGGGGUGCUUCACUGAUGGUGUGCUGCGGGGAGAGCUGGAGACCCACCUCGCUCACUUCGCCCCCACUGAGAUCGUUCUUACUGGAACCAUUACGCCAGCCACUCACAAGCUCCUCUCAUACCUUGCGUGCCGAGACCCCGCACCAAGAGUCACCACGGCAGGGGGUGAUGGGAUCACUGCUGCUGCCGUGGUUGGGGGAGGCCCUGGGAAGGCUGGGGGCGGUGGCGGCAGGAGCAGCAGCAGAGGCAGCGGCAGCAGCAUGUGUGGGGUGCGUGCAGCUCUUGCAGAGUUCUUUGCGACGAUGCCAAACGGGGCUGCUUGUACUGAGGACGCAGGCAAGGGGCAUGAGGAUGGGAAUGGAGAGAGGAAGAAGGAGAGGGAGGAGCAGCAGGAGAGGGAGCGUCAACAGGAUGAGCAGCUGCAAGAGGUAGACCCAGCAGUGGAGGCGGUGCUCUCCAUGCCACCAGUGCUGCUCAGAGCGCUCGCUGCUGCUGUGGACUAUCUGAGGGAGUUCAACCUCCACCACGUGCUCGCUCUGGGCGGCGGCUUUCGUCCUCUCUGCACCGGCCACCAGAUGACUCUCUCCUCCAAUGCUCUCGAGCAGCUCGAGAUCAUGCACAAUAGUGCAGACGGCAGCACACGCGGAUCCCUCCUCUGGCUGCUCAACCACACGCUCACAGCGGCAGGGGGACGACUCAUGCGCCACUGGGUCACCCACCCCCUCACGCACCUCCCCCACAUCACCCUCCGCCAAGAGGCCGUCGCAGAGCUCCUAUCAUCCUCCCCCUCGCUCUCCUCCCCCUUGACCGGCGUGUCUCGUACGUUUCCUGGGAGUGGGCGCGGAGGGGGAGCGGUAGGGGCGGCGAGCAGAGGGGCGGGUGGGGAGGGGGAGGGGGGAGUGGGGGAGGUGGUGCGGGGAGUGCUGGGAUCACUGGCUCGGGUAGGGGAUGUUGAGAGGGGAGUCACGCGGAUACUGCACAAGACUGCCACUCCCAACGAGUUCGUGCGAGUGCUCUCAGCCCUGGCGUCUGCAGCACAGCAGCUGCGCUCCCUUCUCCCUGACCCCCCUUAUACCACCACCGCCAGCACCACCGCCAGCACUGCUGCUGAUACUGACCCUGACAGCAGCAACGAUACUCCUAAGGUGAAGUCGGCCCUGCUGCAGAGACUGCUGCGGGCAGCAGCGUCGCCAGCUGUGGUGCGCCACGCCCGGCGCAUGUUGAGUGCUGUGAACGCUGAUGCUGCAGCCCGUGGCGACAAGGUGAACCUCAUUGUGUGCGCGGCCCCAUCCCACCAUAGUCAGCAACAGCAAGAGCGUAAGCAAUAUGACAGCAAUCACCACGUUCGAGGCGUCCUGGAUGACAAAGGAGAAGAAGCAGUGGAGCCUUCCCUGCAGUUUCCAGAGCUCUGGACAUGCAGAGAAGCAGUGUGUGAGGCAGAGGGGCAGCUCAACUCGCUCCUCCCGGCCAUCCGGUCCCAACUGCGUCUCCCCUCCCUCUCCUUCUUCUCCGUUUCCGGUGCCACUCACCUCAUCGAAGUCCCCUCAGCCCUCCGAGUCCCCUCUGAUUGGCUCAAGCACAGCGCUGUCAAGGCCGGCAAGGCCGGAGGCGUUACACGUUACCACCCGCCAGCUGUCCUCGCGGGAUUGGACAGGCUGGCGCUGGCAAAGGAAGCUGCGGCGGCGGCAGCAGGGAGGGCUUGGCAGGAGCUGUUGGAAGGGUUCAGGACAGAGGGAGGGGGGCAUGUGGAGCUAAGGCAAGCUGUUAAGGCAUUUGCUGAGCUGGACUGUUUGUGUGCGCUUGCUGCUGUUUCUGCUUCUAAGGGGUAUGUUCGGCCGGAGUUUUUUCCCGAAGAUGGGCCCCAGAAUGUGCUUAUAGCGAAUGGGAGGCACCCUGUGCUGGAUGUGACUAUGGGGAGCGAGUUUGUGCCGAAUGACACUAUGCUGAUGUCGGAUGGGGAAAGGUGUCAUGUCAUCACUGGUCCCAACAUGGGUGGCAAGAGCUGUUACAUCCGCCAGGUGGCGCUGAUAUGCAUCAUGGCUCAGAUCGGGUGUUACGUGCCUGCUGACUCAGCGCGCCUCCACGUAUUGGACUCGGUUCUGACGCGCAUGGGAGCGGCCAAUGACAGCCUGGUGCGCCGCACGUCCACGUUCUUGGAGGAGCUUGGGGAAGCUUCUGGGAUCCUUCAUCGGGCAACGGGUCGGUCGUUGGUGAUAGUGGAUGAGCUGGGUCGCGGCACCAGUACGCAUGAUGGGGUUGCCAUCGCUUAUGCCACCCUGCAUGUAAGCCCGUCCCAUCCAUCCCGUGUGUGA